AUGUCAACCAUAUCUGUACCCGCCUCUACUGCAACAGAAGACAAAAAUGUGCCCACGUUAAUCGAAGCCAUAAAAGAGUUGAAACCAAACGACCUUAUUGAAUUUUUACGGAGGGAGAAAGACUUACAGCUUGACGAGGAUGACUUUCAAGUUUUUCGCAAUGAAAAAAUUACUGGUGGUGACUUUCUCAUAAUAACUGAAAAUAGACUUCUAAGCUACGGCAUAAAAGGGGGACCUGCUAUGCGAAUCUCGAACUUCGUUAAGAAGCGAAAUCCUGCGUUCUCCGAAAAGCGAAAUAGAAAUUAUUACACCACAGACGCCAUAGGCACCUCGCCAAAAAAGGAGAAAAUAUCAGCUAAUAGUGCGACUACCUUUAAGACUGGUCCCAAUGUUCAGUACCCACCAUCACGUAACACUACAUCAGUAGACAGUAAACUACCAAAAGAAGUGCUUCUGUGGGAAGAUUUUUUAGAAAAAGCAAAUGAGCAUCUCUUUGAUCAACAACAAAUGGUAUUUGAAAAGCCACAAUUUCAUUACAACCGUCUAUUAUUUAAUGAAUCGAAUGUUUGUGAAGCUGUGAACGCCAAUAUUAAUUCGGUCUUAAAUGAGUUAAUGGGAACGGAUUACGAAUUUUCAAGCCGGAAACCUUACGUUGGUGAGCCGGAUUUUACAUGUUACCACAAUAAUGAUUUGGUCAUGAUAUUUGAAGUUAAGAGAAAGCAUAUUUUGAAAGAAAUGGAUGAACGGACAUUACCAGAGCUUUACAUAACAAACGAUAAAGCCAAGAUGGUGAUCCGACAAAUAUAUGGUUAUAUGGUAAAAAAUCAGCUUCAAUAUGGUAUAAUUACUACAUAUGAUGGCCACUGGUUUCUAUACCGUUCGAACGAUCACCCGGAAGUGCUCUAUAUUUCAAAAACACUUCCAUUGCAAUCAAAAGCCCCUCCGAAAAUUAUAUUUCAGAGAAAUACUCAAAACCCGUUCCAGAAAAAUACAAACUUAAUUAUGCAAUAUGAAAUUUACUUACAAGUUCUAUUACUGUAUUGGGGUCUUCGAUUAGACGACCUUGGAUUAGACAUUACUGGGUUAGACGGUGUUGAGUUAGGUGGUGCUGGGUUGGACGGUGCUGGGUUGGAUGGUGCUGGGUUAGACGGUGUUGAAUUAGGUGUGCUGGGUUAG